AUGAGCGGAGCCGCCAACUUCCGGAGCUGCGGCUCGGUGCUGGUCACCGGGGCCGGCCGCGGGCUCGGCCUGCAGAUAGUCCAGACGCUGGCCAGCGGAGGAUUUGCACCCGGGAGGAUUAUAGCCACGGCCAGAGACCCCGGAGCCGCGGAGACCCUCCAAGAGCUGGCAAAGAAACAUCCCAACGUCCACAUAGUUCCUCUGGACGUAGUGAGUCAGGAGAGCAUAGAGCAGUGUGCAGAGGAGGUGGGCCGGCUGGUGGGGGAGGACGGCCUGAACUGCCUCAUCAACAACGCAGGGAUCAACCUGGUGGCCGACUUCCACUCCGUCACCGCGGAGAAGAUGAUGGAAAACUUCCACACCAACGCCGUCGCCCCCCUGAUGAUCACCAAGGCCUUCCUGCCUCUGCUGAAGCGAGCUGCGUCCAGAGGAGGGGCCAUGGGCAUCCGCCGGGCGGCUGUGGUCAACAUGACCUCCCUGCUGGGCUCUGUGGAGCUGAACUGGGGCGAGCGGGCCAACAACUUCAAGUGGUACCCCUACAGGACAUCUAAGAGCGCCCUGAACAUGGUGAGCCGCUGUAUGGCCGUCGACCUGGAGCCAGAUGGGAUUCUCUGUAUGGCCAUUCACCCCGGCUGGGUCCGCACCGACAUGGGGGGGUCUGAGGCUCCGUUGAGUCCUGAGGAGAGUAUUUCCUCCGUCUUAUCUGUGAUUGGUGGGCUGACUGAAAAGGAUCACGGCUCAUUUCUGAACUUUACUGGAGAACAGUUGCCAUGGUGAUCUGCCCAUCGGCUCGGUCCAUUAUUAUGAUGACGUUUAAAACGUGCUCAUCAGCUUUAAAAAAUGCGAGUGUUACAAAUAUUCAGGAGCAAUAGUUUUCCGUUGUUGUAAAGAAGCAGCUUUAAUGUUUAAAGUGAAAUAGUGUUGAAGGACUUUAUGCAGCAACUCAACUUAGGUUUAAUACGAUUACUCUCUGCUAGUUCAAACCUAAAAGAGGCGAUUUAAAAGGUAUGAAAAGACUCUGGAAGUAAACAUUCAGCCUUUAAAGGAAAAACACUCUGGAAAUGUUUCUGUUUGAGCUUUUGUGGCGUCUUUCACCAACAAAGCGAUCCAACAUCUAAUUUAUGCACUUUUUAUGACGAUUGUCAUUUUUUGAGGGAUUUUGUCCAGAUUGUUUUUUAAACCAAUUUUAAGAGAUGUUAAACGUGCAUUUGUUCUAAAACAGCUGUCUCAACUUUCAGUGCAUAUUCGAAUAAAAAUAACGUUUUUGUUGUCUUCUGCUGAGCAGUUGAUUAAAAGACAAUAGUAUAAAUGCUGUUAAAUAAAUUUGCUGUUGGUCUCAGUGCUAAAUGAGCUACUUUGUUCCAGAAUAACUGUGUUCCUGUUAUGUUUAUUACUUCAGUAUGUAGAAGCUCUGCAUCCUAAAUUAUAUUUGAACACAAAAAUAAAAUUGUUAUUGUUAUCAAUGCAACAGUUCUUGCCAACCUUC